UCCAUUUGCAAGCGAUUGGUUGUUGCCGUUAGGUCGCCAUGGGUGAUGCAGACGCUGUGGAGGGGUGCAUGUUGGGAUAUUUUUCUCAAGAAAUAAUGGUGAAGGUCUUUGCAUAAACCAAAAAUGAAGCGUGUUUUCACUCUUUCGGAGAAAGCUUGGCAAGGAUCUUGUUUGCAGUACAAGUGGCAGAAGACACUCGGGAAUUACAUCGCUGUUGCUGGACCUGACAGUUCGGUAAAAAUAUUUGAUCGGCAUGGACAAAGGAGAAAUGAACUGAACUUACCGGGAAAGUGUCUGGCAAUGGACUGGGAUAAAGAUGGAGAUACGUUGGCCGUCAUUGCCGACAAGUCCAGCAGUAUUUACCUGUGGGACGCCAACGUCAACAAAACGUCCCAGCUUGACAGUGGAAUGAGGGAUCAGAUGUCCUUCAUCCUUUGGUCGAAGACGGCGUCUCUGCUGGCGGUGGGAACAGCCAAAGGCAACCUGCUCAUCUAUAACCAGCAGACCUCACGCAAGAUCCCUGUCCUGGGUAAACACACGAAGCGGAUCACAUGUGGCUGCUGGAGUUCCCAAAACCUGCUGGCGCUGGGCAGCGAGGACCGCAACGUGACCGUGAGCAACCACGAGGGGGACACCAUCCGCCAGACUCAGGUGCGGUCGGAUCCAGCAGACGUCCAGUUCUCUGUGAUGAAGACGGAUGAAAGAGCAUCACCGGGGGAGAGCACAGUGAGCGUGGUGGUCGGGAGGAAGACCCUGUUUCUCUUCAACCUCAACGACCCAGACAACCCCAUCGAGCUGGCCUUCCAGCAGCGCUACGGCACCAUCAUCGCCUACCGCUGGUACGGAGAUGGCUACAUCAUGAUUGGCUUCUCGCAGGGGUACUUUGUGGUGAUCUCCACCCACAUCCGGGAGAUCGGUCAGGAGCUCUUCCAGGCUCACAACCACAAGGACAGCCUGACCAGCAUCGCCAUCUCCCAGUCCCUGAACAAGGCUGCCUCCUGUGGAGACAACUGCAUAAAGAUUCACGACUUGACAGAGCUGAAGGACAUGUAUGCGAUUGUCAACCUGGAUGAUGAAACUAAAGGACUGGACCAGCUCUCGUGGACGGAUGACGGGCAGCUGUUGGCGAUCUCCAGCCAGCGUGGCACGCUCCACGUGUUCCUCACCAAGCUGCCCAUCCUGGGGGACACGUGUGGGACCAGGGUGGCCUACCUCACCUCCCUGCUGGAGGUCACCGUGGCCAAUCAGGUGGAGGGGGAGUCUCCUGUCGCAGUGGAAGUGGAGGUAGAGCCCAACUUCAUUGGCAUUGGGCCGGACCACGUUGCCGUGGGGAUGAACAACCGCGCGUGGUUCUAUGCUCUUGGAGACGGUGGUGUGGAGAAGCUGAAGGACACAGAGUAUCUGGGGACUGUGGCCAGCAUGUGUCUGAACUCUGACUACGCUGCGGCUCUGUUCGAGGGGAAGGUGCAGCUUCACAUGAUUGAAGGUGAAGAACAGGAGGUGCAGGAGGACAGACAGACACGGCUGUUCCCCGGUCGGGAUGAUAAGUGUCGAAUCCUGGCCCACGCCCUCACCGCCGACUUCCUCUUCUACGGCACGGACACGGGGGUGAUCCAGUGCUUCUACAUGGAGGACUGGCAGUACGUCAACGAGCACCGGCACCCUGUGGGCAUCCGCAAGCUCUGCCCCGACCCCAACGGCACGCGCCUGGUCUUCAUCGACGACAAGAACGACGGCUUCCUGUACUGCCCGGUGAACGACUCUGUGUACGAAAUCCCAAACUUCGCACCGACCAUAAAAGGCGUCCUGUGGGAGAACUGGGCAAUGGACAAGGGCGUUUUUGUGGCCUACGAUGAUGACAAGGUCUACACCUACGCCUUCCACAAAGACACCAUCCAGGGCUCCAAAAUCAUCCUGGCGGGAGGCACCAAGCUGCCCUUCUCCCACAAGCCCCUGCUGCUGUACAACGGCGAGCUGACGUGCCAGACGGCGAGCGGGAAGACCAGCAGCGUGGUGCUCGGCACACACGGCUUCCUGCACGGGACCUGGAAGGACCAGCCGCCUGCCGAGCUCACACGCAUGCUGCCCCAGGCCCUCAUGCUGAAGAGGUUUUCGGAGGCGUGGGAGUUGUGCAAGGUCCUGAACAGCACAGACUCGUGGGCGGAGCUUGGCCGGGCGUGUCUGCAUCACAUGGAGGUGGAGCUGGCCAUCCGCGUGUUCCGCAUGCUGCGCAGCGUGGGCAUGGUGAUGUCACUGGAGGGCAUCAAGGGCAUCGAGGACCAGAACCUGCUGGCAGGACACCUGGCCAUGUUCACCAACGACUUCAACCAAGCCCAGGACCUCUACCUGGCCUCCACCUGCCCCAUUGCUGCCCUGGAGAUGAGGAGGGACCUGCAGCACUGGGACAGUGCACUGCAGCUGGCUAAGAGACUGGCCCCCACACAGAUCCCCUUCAUAUCCAAGGAGUACGCCAUACAGCUGGAGUUUGUUGGAGACUAUGUGAAUGCACUGGCUCAUUAUGAAAAAGGAAUAACUGGUGAUAACAAGUUCCAGGAGCACGAUGAGGCCUGCGUAGGGGGCGUGGCUCGGAUGUCCAUCAGGAUGGGAGACAUCCGUCGAGGGGCCAAUCAGGCGAUUAAACACCCCAGCAGGCUGCUGAAGAAGGACUGUGGGAUGAUUCUGGAGAGCAUGAAGCAAUUCUCUGAGGCAGCCCAGCUGUAUGAGAAGGGCGAGUACUACGACAAGGCCGCCUCCGUCUACAUCCGCUGCAAGAACUGGGCAAAGGUGGGGGAACUCCUGCCCCAGGUGACCUCACCCAAGAUCCACCUGCAGUACGCCAAGGCCAAGGAGGCCGAUGGCAGGUACAAGGAGGCCGCCGUGGCGUAUGAGAGCGCCAAAGACUGGGACAACGUGAUCCGCGUGCAGCUGGACCACCUGAACAACCCCGAGGAGGCGGUGCGCAUCGUGCGCGAGACGCAGUCCAUCGACGGAGCCAAGAUGGUGGCCAGGUUUUUCCUGCGUCUGAGUGACUACGGCUCGGCCAUCCAGUUCCUGGUCCUGUCCAAGUGCAACGACGAGGCCUUCCAGCUCGCCCAGCAACACAGCCAGAUGGAGGUCUACGCUGACAUCAUCGGGUCUGAUGCCACGAUGGAGGACUACCAGAGCAUAGCCCUGUACUUUGAGGGGGAGAAGAGGCACCUGCAGGCGGGCAAGUUCUUCCAGAAGUGUGGCCAGUACAGCCGGGCCCUGAAGCACUUCCUGAAGUGUCCCAACACCGAUGACAACCUGGCGAUUGAGAUGGCCAUAGAAACCGUGGGGCAGGCCAAGGACGAAGCUCUGACCGGCCAGCUGAUCGAUUACCUGAUGGGAGAGAGUGACGGGAUGCCCAAGGAUGCCAAGUACCUGUUCCGUCUGUACAUGGCCCUGAAGCACUACAGAGAGGCGGCCCGAACCGCCAUCAUCAUCGCCCGGGAGGAGCAGUCUGCAGGAAACUACCGGAACGCCCACGACGUCCUCUUCAGCAUGUACACGGAGCUGCAGACACACAGCAUCCGCAUCCCGGCAGAGAUGGCCACCAACCUGAUGAUCCUCCACAGCUACAUCCUGGUCAAGGUGCACGUGAAGAGGGGAGACCACCUGAAGGGCGCACGCAUGCUGAUUCGAGUGUCCAACAACAUCAGCAAGUUCCCCUCCCACAUUGUGCCCAUCCUGACGUCGGCGGUGAUUGAGUGUCACCGGGCGGGGUUGAAGAACUCGUCCUUCAGCUUCGCCGCCAUGCUGAUGCGGCCGGAGUACCGCAACAAGAUCGACCUCAAGUACAAGAAGAAGAUCGAGGCCAUGGUCCGGCGCCCGGACACGUCAGAGCUGGAGGAGGAGACCACGCCCUGUCCGUACUGCAAUUUCAUGCUGCCAGAAUGUGAGCUUCUGUGUCCUGGGUGCAAGAACAACCUUCCCUACUGCAUCGCUACAGGCCGUCACAUGGUGAAGGAGGACUGGUCAGUGUGUCCUCACUGCAGCUUCCCUGCACUGCACUCAGAGUUCCUCGGGCUGCUGGAGACAGAGUCGGUGUGUCCCAUGUGCUCAGAGUCCCUGAGCACUGAGCAGGUGAAGAAGAUCACAGACUGCUCCAGCUACCUGCAGCCUGACGAACUGGAGCAGUGAUCACCCAGAGAUUCAAAAGAUAUAUUACGGCCUGCCAGUGGAAAAGGGAACAGAAUAUUUUCUUUGACAAUCAAUAAACAGGGCUAUGAUAAACGAUCGCAAUCAAAUGAUCCUUAUUCAUUUCAGACCUCACAGCCUAAAACCUUUGUCCAGCCCAAGCUAUGUAAUAUAUUAGCCAUGAUAAAAAAUGAGUGCAAUUUAAAUUCCCAAUAGAGGCAUUAGGGACAAAAAUGUAAAUGUGUUUAGCAGUUAGCAGGCGAUUGCCCCUGCCAUGGUCACCCUUUAGAGGCACACAUAUUGCACUGGUCACUGUUUUUGCUGGAGGUGCACUCUUGACCAUGUGUCUAUAAAUGAGGGGUACUUUUUAUCUAUCUGAAUACAUAUACACAAAUGCCAAGACUGGCAGAAGAGAUCCGGGACCAACCUGACAGAGAGUUUCCACGCCAAGGAGCGAGGCCGCGCCCAUUUAUGGGCACAUGUGAGGACCACUGCAGAUGCUGUUCUGGAACUUUUGGAAUCCACAUGUAUGUGCAGUGGGACCAUUUCUGAACAAGGCCGUUCUUUUUGACAUAACUGAAAAAGGGUCUCCACGGGUACCCAGGUGAAUCAACCCUUUAUCCCGUGUGUCAGGUUCAAAUGGAGGAUAAAAAAUAAAUAAAAAAACGCUAAAAUAUCAAUCUUGACACCAUUGUGGCUUUUUCCACUGGACCAUUGCCCUGACAUGUUGCACAUUAAUGUCUACAUUUAGAUUUUGAAAAAUGUAUUUGUAUUUUGUAACUAUUUACUAUAGUGCUUUUUGUAUGUACAGGUAUCGAUCAGUUUGCACCAAUGUUAAACGUGACUUGCGACAUUUUUCUGCAGUAAUAAAAUACUAUCUACAGUA